UCCAAUCUUCCUGCUAAUGCUCCGGUAUUCCAACCCGGCGCGAUAGCAUUUCCCGGGUCUAACCCCGUUGAUGCCGCUAGGCACCGCAAGGCAGUAUCCCUCGCAGCAACAAGCUCUUUACCAACAGCAACUCGCUUCAAACCAAGUGUUAUCUUUACAGACGCCAGUGUGAAUGUCGUCAAUAAGGGUUCUGGUCAAGGAAAUUUCGGCUCUGUCAGCUUUCCUUACAGUGGUCAAGAUGGUUUUGAAGACGGCUUUGCACCACCGCCCGGUUUUGGUGGGCAUUCACGCCAAGUAUCUCGCGCAGACUCUAGUUGGCGCAUUAAUGGUGGUGUUGGAGGAAUUCAGGGCAAUGGCGCAUUCGCUGCUGAUCUCGCUCAGGCGCAAGCCCAAUUGCAGAGUCUUCAACAGUUCCGUGCUGCUGCAGGUGGUCAUCAUCAUAAGAUGCCCUCGUUUAGUUUCCCCAACAUGCUUCCCAACAUGAUGGCUGCUAACAUGAUGGGCCUUGGCCUUGGCGGCGGCGUCUCGCUCUUACAACAGCAGCAGCAACAACAGCAACAAUUCCAGUCACAGCUUCAGCAGCAGUCUAACCAGCCUCAACGUAAAUCUCUUUUCGCUCCUUAUCUUCCUCAGGCUUCCUUGCCACCGCUCCUUGCCGCCGGAAAACUCGUCGUUGGUAUUUUGCGUGUCAACAAGCGCAAUCGCUCAGAUGCCUAUGUAGCCACAGAAGUACUUGACGCUGAUAUCUACAUUUGUGGCUCUAAGGAUCGUAACCGUGCUCUCGAGGGUGAUAUCGUCGCCGUGGAGCUUCUCGACGUUGAUGACGUGUGGGGUACGAAGAAGGAAAAGGAAGAGAAGAAGAGGAAGAAGGAAGAGAACGCUGCUUAUGAUUUGAGGUCUACCGCUGGCCGUAAGGAUGACAAGAAGAAGGACGACGUGGAGGUUGAAGGGCAAGGUUUAAUGCUCUUUGAAGAUGAAGAAGUUACUGAUGAAGUGAAGCCUCAGUUCGCUGGCCACGUAGUUGCUGUGGUGGAACGCAUGCCGGGCCAAUUAUUCUCAGGAACUUUGGGCCUUCUCAGGCCGUCUUCAGCAGCCACGAAGGAGAAACAGGAGGCUGAGCGCAGAGAACGCGAAGGAGACCGUGGUGAUGAGCCCAGGCGAGGUCCUAUCGAACGUCCUAAGAUUGUCUGGUUCAAGCCAACUGAUAAACGUGUUCCCUUGAUUGCAAUCCCAACUGAGCAAGCCCCUCCUGACUUUGUCCAGAACUCUGAAGCAUACGUGAACAAGCUCUUCGUUGCUUGUAUCAAGCGCCACCCUAUCAGUUCUCUUCAUCCAUUCGGGACGUUGGUGGAAGAACUUGGCCCUAUCGGUGACAUUGAAGUCGAGACGAGUGCGUUGUUAAAGGAUUGCAACUUCCCUACAGAGGAUUUCGGCGAUAAUGUUCUUAAAUGCCUUCCCCCCACCCCAUGGACCAUUCCCGAAAGGGAAUAUGAAGUGCGCAAGGAUAUGCGCCAGGACCUCGUAUUCACUGUCGACCCAGGGUCUGCCAAAGACCUUGAUGAUGCGAUGUCUGUGAAGGCUAAUGACGAUGGCACGUACGACAUUGGUAUCCACAUUGCAGACGUAUCUUACUUCGUGAAACCUAAUACGGCCCUGGACCGCGAUGCCAGGAAGAGAGCUACUAGUGUUUACCUCGUUCAGCGUGCUGUCCCAAUGUUACCCCCUACCCUUAGCGAAGAAGCAUGCAGUCUUAAUCCCGGUCAGGAGCGACUGGCUUUCUCUGCUAUCUUCACCAUGACCAAGGAUGCGAAAGUGGUAAACAAGUGGUUUGGAAAGACUGUCAUUAAGUCUGCGGCUAAGAUCUCUUAUGAGAAGGCACAGAAGGUCAUUGAUGGCCAUGUGUUGGGAGACGUUCCUGUCACUCCGGAUCACGAUGCUGCAGCAAUCGAGCAUGAUAUCAAAGUCCUAAAUAGUCUUGCUAAGCAGUUACGUGCUCGACGGUUCCAAGAUGGUGCUCUGAGUCUUUCGACCAUGCAACUACAAUUCAAGCUAGAUGAAAGUGGUCUUCCGAUAGACUGUUGGCAGCAUGAGAGCAGUGAUGCCAAUGAACUUGUGGAAGAGUUCAUGCUCAUGACUAAUGUCUCGGUCGCCCAGCGUGUUGCCGUCCAUCUACCUGAACAAGCACUGCUUCGUAGGCAUGACAACCCCAUUGACCGGCGCCUGGCUGCUUUUAGUGAGCGGGCCAAACGCUUGGGCUAUGAAAUAGACACAUCGUCUCCGGGAGCCAUAAUGCGUUCCUUCCAAUCUGUUACAAACCCUACUGCCCGCAGGUUACUCGAGCUGUUAUCACACAAGGCCACCCACCGUGCUAAGUAUUUCUGUGCUGGCAUGUUGGACAUCGCGAAAUACAACCACUACGCUUUGAACGUUCCUUUGUACACUCAUUUUACAUCGCCCAUUCGUCGAUAUGCCGAUGUUUUGGUGCAUCGCCAGUUAGAGUCUGUUUUGCAAAGUGGAGCCGAACCUAAGUUCACUAUGGAUCGUGAUGCCGUUGCUAAAGUUGCUCAGCAAUGCAACAUUAAGAGGGAUUCUGCUACCCUUGCUCAAGAACAAUCGACUCAUUUGUACUUAUGUGUAUUAAUCGCGGACCUGACUCAUCGGUAUGGACCGGUUAUUCGUCAAGCGAAGGUCGUAGGCGUCCUCGACGCUGCUUUCGACGUGCUUGUACCUGAAUUCGGCAUAGAAAAGAGAGUGCACGUGGAUCAGAUGCCUAUUGAGAAUCAUGUUUAUGACGAGCAUUCACACACGCUCCAGAUUUAUUGGUCCAACCGUGAUGUGAUUAGCUGGCUGGCUGAACAUAGUGACGAUGAGCAUUUGAAGAAAGUCAAACAGAACGCAGAACAACACGCCGUUAAGAUGGAAGUUGCCUCUCGCUCCGUUCAAGACGAACAUGCUCUUUUCGACGAGGAUGAUGCCGAUGAUGACGAGAUCGUAUUAGGCCGAGAAGACCAGGUUGAAAAGGAGAAAGAGACCUCGAAGCAGCGUUUGUUGUCUGCUGCGAAACUUUUGCCCGAGUUUGAAGGAUUAAGGGCGUCACCUUCUGGUCACAAGAUUCAAGACAUCAAGGAGUUGAUGACCGUUCCUGUCAUUGUCACUGCCGACCUCACGAAGAGCCCACCAGUCAUCAAGGUCUACAGCGUUAAUCCUUACGCCGAGCAAAAGAAAUGA